UGCUUCAGUUUAUCCCCGCACUGCCCUUCCUGAGCAUGACGAGACUAGCCGUCACCACAUCACGGGUAGGGGCGUAUUCGUGUUACUUCCACUGGCUUUUGUGCUUUAUUCGAAUUUGAGAAGCUUCGAUUAAUGAUCGUGAUUCCUGACCACAAUUUACAUGAUUUAAAAUAAUCAUAUUUGCAAUCCACAAGAAAAGAGCACGUACGGCAUAUACUGCUACGCGUCAAUGGGAUUCACGAGUGCACAGACAAAAACUUUACCUUACAAAAGCGGUUCUUGAGCAUUCUCAGGCUCAAAGAUCACGAGUUCGAGCUCAAAUUUGGCAUGGCAGGGUUUAGGAUUUGCUUCAUUUUUGUUAUUUUGCUCUGCUUUUUCAGCGGCCGCGCAUCCUCGGUUCGACUCGAGGCAAAGUCGCGAUGGAUUGUGGACGAAGAAAGCGGCGGGAGAGUAAAGCUGGCGUGCGUGAAUUUGAUCUCACAUCUUGAGCACAUGGUCACGGAGGGGCUGAAUCGGCAGCCGAUUAGCUACAUUGCUAGCACAGUGGCUUCACAGGGGUUUAACUGCGUCCGGCUUACCUGGGCGACGUUCAUGGUGACCAAGCCUGAAAACCAGAAGCUGACGGUCGCAUCGUCUAUGAGUGCUCUGAAUCUCAGCGAUGCAGUAGCUCAGAUAAGCGUGAGCAACCCGGACUUUCUGGAGCUUAGCCUUUUAGAUUCUCUGAAAAGAGUGGCGCAGGGGCUUGGUGAAGCAGGGCUAAUGGUGAUUUUGGAUAACCAUGUGAGUAAACCCCAAUGGUGCUGCGGCCUCAAUGACGGCAACGGCUUCUUCGGCGACCAGUACUUUGACGCACAGGAGUGGAUUCAGGGUUGGAAGAUCAUAGCGGCGGAGUUUAAAGAUGUCGAUGCCGUGGUAGGAAUGAGCCUGCGUAACGAGCUUCGCGGCCCGGGGUCGAAUCCCAGCGACUGGUACAAAUACAUGCAGGCUGCCGCCGAGGCCGUCAAUGCUGCCAACCCUCACGUCCUCGUCAUUCUUUCUGGCCUCAAUUACGACGCCGAUUUGAAAUUUCUGGCGUCAAAGCCCGUCAAUUUAGGGUUUCCGAACAAAAUAGUGUACGAAAUGCACUGGUAUGCCUUCACCGACGGAAAUGCUUGGAUGCAGAGUAAUACUAAUCAGCUCUGCGGCUCCGUGACGGCGCGGAUCAAUGAUCAUAUCGCUUUCGUUGUGAAGAACGACACCGAUGCGCCAUUAUUUAUCAGCGAGUUCGGGAUUGACGAGAGAGGAACAAAUGUUAAAGAUAACAGAUUUAUCAACUGUUUUCUGGCAUUUGCCGCCGCAGGGGACUAUGAAUGGGCACUGUGGACGCUUCAGGGGAGUUACUAUCUCCGCAAUGGCCAAACUGACCUUGAAGAAACCUACGGCAUCUUUAAUGGUCGCUGGGACGGCCUCAGGAACCCUGACUUUCUCUCUAGGCUGAAGUCCAUACAGCAGCCAUUCCAAGAUCCAUUUUCCUCGCAAGAGAUCCUGUACCAGGCCAUUUACCACCCUGCAAGCGGCAACUGCCUGGCUGUGGUGGCAGGAGAAGUGAAGCUCGAGUCUUGCGACAGCUCUGCCUUAUUUACGUUCAAGACCUCCGAAGGAGCCCUUGGACUUUCUGAAGAAGCGUCGUGCAUUACAGCGCAAGGAGACGACCAACCUGCUGCGCUUUCCACACUGUGCACAAAACCAGAUUCUGCAUGGCGGACAGUUUCGAGCUCCAAGCUUCAAAUUGCCGUCAAUGGCAGCUCUGAAUUGUUGUGCCUGGACGGGAGUUCGAGUCCCCAAGUGUUAACUAAGAAAUGCAAAGAUGAUGACCCGGAGAUGCAGUGGUUCAAGGUAAUUCAAACUGAUCGAAAGCAGAGCGACGGAUAGAAGAAAUUCGUACAUUUCUGUAAGCGAUCGCGUCAUCUUCUUCGAGCCAAAAUCAAGUUUUACUUUUUAAAGUUAUAAAAUAUAUGUAUUGCAGUUCUAACGAUUAAUAAUCGUUAGAAUAUAUGAAUAGUGAUUGUAGGUGGUAGGUUCGAAGUUGUAGGUUCGAACUUCGGUUCAGAUAAAAACUUCGACAAAUACCCUUAAGAUGGGGUAAAGAGGAGAACCAGAUGUUUUAUGGAAGUUAGUGUUAAGAUGUAAGAACCCUCAAAAUUUUCCAAUUUCACUUUAUUAAAAGAACAAAAUAGAACAAAAUAGAUGUAUACUAUAUAUGUAUUUUUUCUCAAA